CUUGAUCAUAUCAACAUCAUUCCUCUUUCUACACUGACUGAUCACUCUUUCUAUCCCUCUCACUCACUUCAUCAUCCCGUCAUCUAUCACCCUCGGUCAAAGUACAAGAACCUCGAAUGAGUGAAACAGCUUUCAGUUUGAGCUAGGUAGAAUCAUGUCCAACGAUCACACACCACCCAAUGAUAUCAAGAAAAACCUCUCAUCUAUAUUCUCGAGAAGUGAAGCUGGACCUAGUGAAUACACUCGAUUACUCGCUCCAGAACCAGCGAACAAUGGAAAAGCAAGAUAUUCUUCCGGUUCUUCAAAUGAGAUAGAUCAAGGAAAUGGACCUUCAGCUCGUUCUACUCCUGAUAGUCAACGAAUUGGACAGAUAGGUGAUGAUGAAAGAGGUAUCAGAAGGAAUUAUACGGCUGAUUUGGAAAUAGAAGGAGAAAGUGGGGUGGUAAGUAGGGACGAAGGGAUUAAUAGGGAUGAUAGACCUGGUAUCAUGAGAAAACAUUCCAUGAAUCACGUAGCUCGAAAACUACGACAGAGGAGUAAAUACUAUGUUCCUGUGACAGAUUGGUUACCGAAAUAUAGUUGGCAUCUACUCACUGGGGAUGCCGUUGCCGGUGUUUCAGUGGCAUGUCUGCUAAUACCCCAAGCAAUGUCAUAUGCGAAUGGUCUAGCUACAUUAUCCCCCAUAGCGGGAUUAUGGUCAGCUGCUAUACCUUCUUUGAUAUAUGGGUUACUUGGGACAUGUCGUCAACUCUCCUUAGGUCCCGAAGCAUCACUUUCACUCCUCAUAGGUCAAAUGAUACGAGAUGCAGUACACGGAGAUCCUCAUACCACCCCUGCUCAUCCUGAACUCGAAGCAGCUGCCAUCGCCCUUGUCACCACAUUUCAAACUGGAUUGAUAACUUUUGCCCUUGGUCUUUUACGUUUAGGAUUUUUAGAUGUUGUCCUCUCUCGAGCCUUGUUGAGAGGUUUCAUAACUGCUGUCGGUAUUAUCAUCUUCAUUGAACAACUCAUCCCACUUCUUGGCUUAACUUCAAUUUUGGAACAUAUGCACGAUACCCCGACACUACCACUUGCGAAACUCGCCUUUCUCCUACGUCACGUCAAAUAUGCCAAUAAAACUACCACUAUACUGAGUUUCACUUCCCUUGCCGUUCUGAUCGGUGCUAGAGUGGGGAAACAGAGGAUUAUGAAACAUCCUGGAGCGGGUUGGUUAAAGUAUGUACCUGAGAUAUUUAUUGUGGUGGUUGGAACGACCGCUUUAACGGGGAUAUUUCGAUGGGACGAAGCAGGUGUUGAUAUCCUCGGUAAAGUCAAAGGUGGAGGUGGAAUGCCAUUCGGUUGGCCUUUAGAUAAACGUAGAAUGAAGUAUUUCAACUACACGCUCCCUACGGCUUUCGUCUCUGCCGUAGUGGGAAUAGUCGACUCUGUAGUAGCUGCAAGAGAGAACGGAGCAAAGUACGGUUAUCCAGUAGCACCUAAUAGAGAACUUGUGGCUUUAGGAGCUGCCAAUUUAUCAGCUGCUUUUGUCACUGGGACUGGAUCUGUUCCGGUUUUCGGGUCAAUCACCAGAUCAAGAUUGAACGGUUCUAUUGGCGGAAGAACACAAAUGUCAAGUAUGAUAACAAGUGCAACUAUCAUUCUCAGUAUUUACUUUUUAUUACCUUAUCUGUAUUUCCUUCCUAAAUCCGUCUUGGCGGCCAUUAUCGCUCUUGUCGUUUAUGCUAUUCUGGCUGAAGCACCACACGAAAUUAUCUUUUUUUGGAAGAUGGGAGCUUGGACAGAUUUUCUACAAAUGACAGGAACUUUCUUCCUCACUUUGUUCUUCUCCAUCGAACUUGGUUUGGUAGCAAGUGUAGUUUUCUCACUCAUCCUUGUCAUUCAGAAAUCUACACAGACUCGAAUCAAGAUUAUCGGUCGAUUACCUGGGACGGACGAAUGGGUACCUGUGGAUGAAGAUGAAGCUGCGCAGGAGGAGAUACCCGGUGUGCUAGUAGUCAGGAUCCGAGAAUCUCUCUCUUUUGCCAAUACAGGUCAACUCAAAGAACGUCUUCGAAGGCUGGAAUUAUAUGGAGCAGAGAAAAGUCAUCCGUCAGAUGAACCAAGGAGAGAACAUGCCAAAGCGCUUAUAUUGCAUAUGGGUGAUGUUGAGGAUAUUGACGCCUCAGCCACUCAGAUCUUACUUGAACUCACCUCAGCGUACGUUGAACGAGGAGUUGGUGUUCAUUUUGCCCAUCUCCGAACAUCUCAGAUGCACAAGUUCGAAGUAGCUGGUAUCACCGAUCUGCUCGGUCCAACACAUUUCCAUCGAGACCUUCGAAGUGCUAUGCUUGAAAUCGAAUCUCUCGGUUAUGGAACCAGUCUCGUAUCUCGUUUCGCAUAAUGUCUUUCCCCUUUCUUCCUCAAUCAAAUCCGUUACGAUCUUCCCCAUUGGAUCCUCAAAUACGUGUCAUCGUCCUGUUGUCUCUCAUGUCGAAGAUUAAGCAAGUAUCAUACAUGCAUUGCGUACUCAUUCGGUCCCCAGGGGUCGUCAGCCCUUUCUUUCCCUGAUAGGGACGCCUUCUCCACGACGUCGCAAUCACCGGUCCUCUCCUCUGGCGUACGGCCUAUCAUCAAUCGAAGGCGGUGAAAACGUCAAUCACCGUAAUGACGAUGACUCCACUCGGUUACCGAACGAAGCCUCGGUUAGUCAGCAACAAGAUACAGGAUUGGUCAUGAAGUACAAUGGAGGAUGGAACAUCCCUUGAGAUUAUCAAGCGACGGGGAAACCGAGCAGGGGUGACAAAAUGCUUGACAAGCCGGGGAAGCCCAAUGGGGUAGGGGGUGGGAUUGGUAAAUUGGAUCAAUUUUAGCUAACAUACCACCUACCUCGCUUGAUUAAUUCGUCGUUUCCUC